AUGUCAAACAAUCAGUCCAAAGGUCAAACCUUCUACUUUACUGAUUUCUUCAACAACAUCAGAUUGCCAGGAGUUCGAAGUGUUUUUUUGAGGCGUUGCCCGGAUCUGUAUAACUCGGUGAGCAUAUUAUUCCACAUUGUGGCACUGUUUGUUAGCGCUAUUUACAUCCAAGACGCAUACAACAACUUUCAGAACUCCCUGAUAGUACAAAGUCUGACGUACAUGAAUAUCAAAGACAUGCCUUUCCCAGCCAUCACUGUCUGUGAGCCUGUGCUGCUGAAAGAUGACUACAACAGGUUUGAGAUCUUGAAACGAUGCAUGUCACUUGAGAACGGAACGUCUUGGCUGUGUAGCGAGGAUGAAUUGAAUAUGUUCAUGAUUUCCACCGAUAUAUAUCCAUUAUAUUAUGACUUUCUUCCAAUGACUGAUGAAGAAGCCACGUUACUUUCAACUCUGUCCGAACCGUUUACGGAAAAUACAGUACAGAUCAACUCCGUCAGGCCAAACCAAUCUUUCAGGGGGGUGGAUUAUUUCAACUACAUCGGCAGACUAGGAGAGGAGCUAACUAAUACGUUUCAAAUAUACAACCCUGACUUUCCCAACAGUCCAUACCGUUCGGAAGUUCUUCGCAGUGGUUCAGCUGUACCAGAAAGACUUCUAGCACCGUAUAAAAUUUAUGAAAAUGGAAUUUAUAUCUGUAAAACAAUCAAUUCUGUAAGACGUAGAGGUGCUAAAAUGAAAGAUAACGACUCAAAUAAAAACAGUAUUUUGCCUUCUUUGGACUGUGUCCCUGAAAAUAUAUUUGAUGACGUAUGCAAAAACUACCUGUUGUUUACAGACAAUCAUCUGGAGUUAAAAUUCAAUGAUAUUGACGUUGAAACUGAGUUUAGGAACUACUUGCUGCGUAUAAGUUAUUCAGAAUUGGCAGUAGAUGAUUUUGAACUCUCAGAUAAGAGAGUAGAAUUUCAACGAUAUAUUGUGUUUGUGCACAGCAAUUUCGAUCAUCCGUCAAUGACUGUCACGGAGUAUCAGAGGAUCUUAAGAGGGUCCGCAGCAGCUAUAUCUAUCACACCAACGGUUACACAUGCGUUGAAGAACCUUGCUGAAGUAGAGGAGUCAAAACGAAACUGCGUAUUUUCACACGAGAGGUCGCUCCUUCUAUUUGAGGUUUACACGCACAACAAUUGUGUGUUUGAAUGUCAGAUCAAUUGUUCUCUGACUCUGUGUGGCUGCAUACCGUUUGGAACAGCUAUUAUGAACAGUUCUCAUCCCAUCUGUAGCACCGUGAAAGCGGAUACUUGUCAAAAGGAAAAUAAAGCGUUGAUCUUCCAUGAAUUUCAUGACAAACGAUGUAAGUGCGAUUGCCCUUUGGAUUGUUUUACGAUUUCGUACUCAACUACUGUAGACGUUGACUAUGGAGCACUGAGAAAUACCACUCUUCAGAUUAGCUACGCGAAAGACAACGUUCUCUCUGUUGUACGCUACAGUGUGACGAGCCCAGCGGAGUUCGUAGCCUACAGUUUGGGUAUAUUGGGGGUGUUCAACGGGUUCACCAUGAAGGUGGUGUAUGACUUGUUGUACUGGCUCACUCUAGGAAUUCAGUCACUGGACCAAUCUUCAGGAAACUCUCCACUAGAAAUGGUUGCAUUAGAAUCAACACUCCCAACAGAUGAACACUCAGCGUUGGUGUUGGAUUCAGAUUCAGAAUAUUCAGAAAUUGAACUCGGUGAACAACUGCUUCUAAGACUUUCUGUGUCUUCAUUGCUGGACUGA